ACAAGCCAAAACCACAGACAUGCUUCGAAGCCGUCCUUUAUUACCCACAUAAGAUAAAAUAGAAAAAGAGGUUUGGUGUUGUCUUAUAAAAAAAGAAAAAAGAAACUUAGAAAUAGACAUACCCACUCGUUCUCUCUCUCUCUCUCUCUCUGUUGUUUUGUUUACUUUUGUGCUUGUCUUUUGGUGGAGGGGAUUAGGUUCCCAAGUGAAAAAAGAGAGAGAGAAAGAUAAGUGCUUUACAUCAAUUCUGAGAAGGGUUUUUGUUUGUUUGCUGUGUAAAACUGAAGAAGAAGAAGAAGAAGAGAGUUAGAGAUGGAGAUGAUGUAUUAUGAGCUUGCAAGGUCUUCUUACCAGGACUCCUUGAAAGUCUUGGAGGCUGAUAUACAACAUGCUAAUGCUCUGAUUCUGGAUUUUUAGGGCUGCUGUAAUCCCAAGAGCCAAGAGUGGUGCACGUCUUCAAAUGAAAUUGGUGUACAAUCAAUUGGCUCCUCUCUAUCUGUUUUUACUACAGUGGCUGGAUUGUUCUUGCACAUGUCUGCUCCCCAGAUAUCUGAACUUUUUCCACAUACUUGUAUACAAGGUAUAUACAGAUGGCAGACCAAACAUAUCUACACAUGGAAGGAAGGCAACAAUUAGGGACUUUUAUGCUGUUAUAUUACCAUCACUUCAACGGCUCCAUGGUAGCUUGGAGGAUUUUGAUGUUACUAAAGAAGGGAAUCUGCGAAUGGAAAUUUCAUGCAAAAAGAGGCUGGAAGGAGAUGGAAGACUCACCAAUGUCGAUUUGGAAAGAGAAGAUGAAUGCGGGAUUUGCUUGGAGCCUUGCACCAAAAUGGUCUUGCCUAAUUGUUGUCAUUCAAUGUGCAUCAAAUGCUAUCGCAAUUGGAACACAAGAUCAGAGUCCUGCCCUUUUUGUCGUGGCAGCUUAAAGAGAGUCAAUUCAGAAGACUUAUGGGUGCUCACUUGUAAUGAUGAUGUUGUUGAUGCUGAAACGGUUUCUAAGGAGGAUGUGUUGCGAUUCUACCUGUACAUCAACAGCCUGCCAAAAGAUUACCCAGAUUCCCUAUUUUUAGUGUAUUAUGAAUACCUAAUUUGAUUUGUAGUAAAUGAGAAGAUAUGUGUACAGACUGCAGAUAGAAAAGGCCGACCUUCAACUGUGAAAAGAGUCUGGUAGGGAAAAUUCUCUGGGAUUUUUACACAGUCACAAGCUCUCCAUUGUACUUGUUUUACAACUAUAAACUUCAAUGUACGACACUCAUCAUGAUUAAUGGUAAAUUUGUUUUACCUGAAA